CGAUGUGGAUAUUUUUUUGAAGAGUGUUUAAGGACGGCAUUGCAAAACGUUGGAGGUGCUUCAACUUCAAUUAUUGACGAUGGAGGAUAUUUUUGACUUUCUAAUGUUGUAGCUCGUUCCCAACCAAAUCCUCAUACAUAUAAUACAUAGUACAAAACGAUAAGCAACCAAAAAACAAAUUCUUAUGAUUACAGAAAUAUGGAGUCCCAGAGCCCCACCCAAGAGCACGAGUCUCUCAGCUCUUUCUGCAGGGAAGUCCCUGUCGUAGAGAAAAAGUCUGGUUUGGGCAAUGUGUUCUGCAAGAUGGGUAAGGGUUGGACAUGUGUCAUAACCAAGACUGGGGGGCCUGAUGCUGGCAAAGUUUUCCUUAAAUGCGGUGAAAAUUGCACAUGCACACUUGAUGGGGAAACAGUGUCGCAGGAGUUAAAUUUGCCACCUGAUGUUGUGGGUAGCGUUGGCAGUGGCAGCGGUGCAUUCUGCAAAUGUGGUGAAGGGUGGAGUUGUGUCAUUUUCAGAACUGAAGGCCCUGAUGCAGGCUCUGGCAAGGGCUUUGCUGAAUGUGCUGGACGGUGUUCUUGUACUGUUGAUCAUAAAUUGACACAUGAAUGAUUCAGGUUCUGCUACAUGUUUUUAAAAAAAUAUUGUUUUGUAGAACGGGGCUUUCAUCAGUAUUAUGUGUGAUCGGUAUUAAAGUUAGUUUGUGGAUAUUUUCUUCCCAAGCAAAUAAAGAAAGGAUUGUAAGCUAUUUGAAUCCUUAUUAUUUGUUCGAUUUAUAAUUUUAUGAGCAGUUCGGUUUCGUAGGAUCAACUAGUUUGG